AUGGCAGGCACAGGAAGAAGAGUUCGUACGGACUUUACCACAGACGAGGACAUCCUCCUCGUGAAGUUCAUUGCGACAUAUAAUCCCACUAAGCAAAACAGAAGCGGAAACACGUUGUACAAGCGCCUUGUUGAAAAUGCGAGUUUCUCUCAUGUCGACGGGAAAUGGAACUGGUCCAAGACACACCCGUGGCCGUCCUGGCGUGACAGAUAUGUGAAAAAUGCGGACGAGUUUGACAGGAAGAUAGCGAGGUAUCAAAAGAAGAAAGGAAUAAACUCGGAGAAACAGCCCUCGAGGGAGCCUGUGUUUUCGCCCUCUGACGAAGAAGAGGAAGCCGCGAGGGUCCACUCGAAAGAGACUAGCAAAGGGAAAAAGCGCGCUGGCGUACAAGUCAGUUCUGAGCAGCGGAAAGCAAAGCGAGCGAAACUGGACAGAGACCAGCCAGAUAGUGAGAAGACCGAAGAGACAAGCCAAGUUCCUGUAGCUGGAACAAGUGACCAGGCUCGCAGUCCUGUUCAGGGACCGUCGGAAACUGUGUCUGACGUGCUUCCACCUCCGAAAUUCGCAAGCACUCUCAAUAUCCCCCUGCUCCCUUCUCGCGGUGAUACUCUGCCUGUCCUAUCAUCCCAACCCAAUUCUCCUGCCAGGACCCAGCCACCAAUCUCGUCCCAGCUCCCACCGAGUUCCCAGCCUCCCGCAUCAUCUUCACAACAGGUAGCCACGCCAAAGCCGCCAUCAGGGCCCAAACGAGUCUUGAAGCACAAGUCCGUUUCCCCCGUUUUCCGCUCGUUAUCACCGACACCCAAUCAUUCUACUCCGUUGAAGAAGAAAAUUCUCCCCAAAGUGGUAGAAGGGCACUUUACGACGUCGCUGACCGAUCGGCUGGGCCAUGUGCGACCAGGUGGUCGUUCUGAAGGUGAGGAGGUUUGGCCUCCUGUUCGAGGGAAGAAGGGCAAGGAGAGAGAGGCAGCCCCUGGACCGACUGCGUUGAUUCCUUCAGCGCCUCGGGAACAGGAACGUCAUCCCAUAAAUGGAGUCGUGUCCCGGACACUACAACCGGCUGUAGUGCCAAAGCGCGAGUCAGAAGAUCAGCACCCCUCUGCUCUUCUUGUACAACAUCGUCCAGAGCGUGAACAUCACCCCUUCCGCCAGGUUCCACUCCCUCUUCCUUCUCCACGUAAUCGCAGUGGUGCAGAUGCAGCAGAGUCUCCUCUGAAGCAUCGCUCGACGAAUGGAGAGGGCCAGCUCGUUGGAAGUUCGCGGGACAGACAACGAGACAAUGUUACAGGUCCUUCAACGUCUGGCCUCCCUCCAGUACCACCUACGGUUCAACCUGCGGCUGGGCCUUCCAGACUCACGACUGCUGCCGUGCCUUCGGGUCUCACGUCCUCUGCCGAACUGCCGCAUGGUCAGCCAGUCGCAGUGCCUUCUGCUCCACCAAGGAGCGAUGAAAAUACACGCUUGCUAAAUGCACCGUCAUUAGCUCAAAUUCCAACUGGAUCUGCUUCGAGUUCGACAGCUACCAUUCAACAGACACGGGUUCCGCUUCCUAUAUCAAAUUCACCAUUCCUACCUUCCAAUAAGGACAAAGGCAAAGGGAAACAGCGUGAUGCUGAACCUCCAGUGACACAUGCCCAACGUUUGCUCACUCGCAUCCAAAAGCAACAUCGGAGACAGACAGUUGGUGGCUAUGAACAUGAUGACCCAAGCAUUGACUUAGUACGCCUUCGAUCAGCAACGUCGACUUCCCGAAUCCCUCGUUCCAGAGGCAGAACCUCAGCAUCUCACAUACCUCAUCGUCACACCUUCUCCGCCCAUUCCACACCCUCGACUGUCCCAGUUAACCUCCCCGGCUACCUUGUCACACCUGGCCCUGCAAUUCCGCCAGUUCCACUUGCGCUCAUGACACCCGCUGACCUCUCCAUAUGCGCCUCCAUCGGAUUGGACGCCGCACUAUCACAUAUCGCUGCCGCGCAGGGAUACACGAUAGAAGUUGUGAGGAAUGUUUACAAUCGCGUCGGAAACUUGAAGGACACUGAGGAGUAUGUAAAGGGGAUGCGCGAAGCUUCAGAGGGGUGGAUCGGAAAUAAGCUCGAGCAGAGGGAUCGGGAGGCCCGUAGAGCAAGGAGAGUCUCGAGUGGCAGGGAGAACGGAAGGGAGAGCAGUGAGAGCAAUGAUAGCGACGAAGCGCCUCGUGGCUUUCAUGGAUCAUCCUUGCGGCAAGCACCACCGGAGCAGCCGACGCCGAACGGGCUGCAGGUACAGCAUGACCCUAGAUUAUAUGAGGUGGGGUAUCAGCCUCAUCCUACAACAAAGGCAGCGCUGCAUAAUCGGGCGUUGAUGGGCGGAGGUGGCCGUCUGAGCGCCAGUCGGAAGGCGAGUGCGAUCAGGCGUUACAGACGUAAAAAAGAUGAGGUGGCAGAGGUGGAUGUUGCUGUCGACACUAAUGAAGAUGAUGAUGGCGAAGUCGCCUCGGGAGAGGAGGAUGAAGAAGCCAACGCCGAUGUCGAACGAGCAGAAGAGGAGAGUGUUGUGGAGAAACUCUUUCCCGAAUCUCCACUGAAGGGACUUCAAGAUCAGGAUGCGGUGGAGUCACAUCCCGAGCAGGACGCCGGAAACGAACCUGAACUUGCGUCCGACGACGCAGAGCAGCUCGAUCUGGAUGACCAUCAUCACGAGUUCUCACAAGCGCAUGCUCGGUUUCAUGCUACACAUGUUAAGCGCGAGAGCCUGACUCCGCCCCCAAUGUACAGGCCGCAUGGGGAUCCCGAACACGUUCCAGCCCAGAAUGGGGAAGAUGUAUUGAAUGGCGCUCUGUCAGAUGUUCACAGCACACGCUCAGUUUCUCUGCCCCGGGACGUGGAUGAGGGCAAAACUCUUCUUUCUGGGACCUGGCACAUGCGCCAGAUGCUUGAGAAGCAAUGGGGGAAAGGAAGCAUGAGAAAGAGGGUUACGCAGCUGCUGCGAUAG